CUGCUAGCAGCGCAGGUUAUUUGCUCGUGUGUUUUGGCUUUGAUUCUUUGCAGGUUUAUUGAAAUAAAAAUGUUAAUUUUGAGGCAACUACGCAAACUGAAUGCCCAGCAAAGACUCCAGCUGGGUGUAGAGCAAACGCGACGCUCCUUGGCUGAUGCCGCUGAAAAGAAUGCCAGCUUCCAAUACGAUAAAGAUCCCCAACCGCUGUUCACAGAUGCCGAAACGCAGCGCCUGCUUCAGUCCAUGACGCAACUGCAGCUGGAGAAGGUUUUCCGGAAGCGCACCGUCCCGGACAAUAGCACAGAGACGAAAUUCAUGACCACCGCACAACUGGAAAAGGAGUUUUUGCAAACCAUUGAAAAGGCAAAGAAAUUACUACAAAUGCCGCCGGUUGUUCAGAUCAAACAGGACACUGAGCACAUUAUAUCCAAGGAUCCGGCGCUGAAGGAUUUCGCCGACACCAAAUACGUUUUCACAGACAUCACGUUUGGUCUGCGCAAUUUGGAACGCAAAAUUGUGGUGCGAGAUGUGGACGGAACCUUGGCCUAUGCCCCAUUGGAAACUCGGAAACGCAUGAAUCAAUUGUAUUUUCCAUUGGAGGGCCGCCGAUCCUAUACCCCGCGCAUGUUCACCCACGAUGAGCUGCUGCAGCGUUGCUUGGAUGAUCACAAAUAUGAGUUCGUGCUGGAUCGCCUGACAGUGCAAUAUGAGCCUUAUGAGGCAGAGUUCCAUAACUUUUCGGCCAAAGUCUUUGCACAUCUAAAUGAGUCGAAAGAAUUCGAUUUGCUGCGCUCCACCCGCCACUUUGGACCGAUGGCGUUCUUCUACGCCUGGCAUCGCUGCAUUGACGAUCUGCUCUACGACAUGAUACGCCGGGAUUAUCUUCACAAUGCUGUUGAGCUAAUUGCGCUCAGCUACAAGAUACAUCAAGUGCCCGUGGACUAUAAGCCAAUUCUCAGCCAGUUGGAGGCACUGAAGCCAACUCCCGCUCAACGGGCGCUUGCCGAGCUGCUCAGCUGCUUGAAAAAGCCAGCGGAAAAUGCCAUUGAGCACGAAAUCCAAACGGCCAUUGGCAAAACGGAGCAGGAUUUCGCCGCCGAUGAGCUCAGCCUGAAGUUCAUCGAACAGUAUAUUGGCAGCAAGCAUGCGCUGAAGAAGGUGCAACUGGAGCUGGCCGUGCAGACGCUCAAGGAGGUAAACCUGGAGAAGCUGCAGCUGUAUCAGGGCUUAAAGAAGGCGCACGGCGUGCAAGCGUCAUAAGAGCGCAUAUAUAUACAUAUAUUUUUGAUUAAUGUUGUUAUGCACUAAAAAUAAAAUACA